AAGGAAGGGAACGUGACUGAUGAAAUGAGGAAGAACAAGCAGUACUGUAUAACAUGCAAAGUUGUUUGUGAAAUGAAGCCACUCCACCAUGGCUAUAGUUGCAAGAGUUUGCCUCUGAAACAGCAGUCACAAAUUCCUGCAGAGAGGGAUUCAAAACAUUACAAAGUUCUCAAAAGGAUCACAAAACAACACACCAUCAGUCCCUACCUGGAUGUAUUUGAAAGAACUGGUUUGGAAUUUUAAAGCCCUGCACAGAUCAGAAUCUCAGGACUUGAAGGAGUGUCUCUUGUAACAGGAUAUUUCUGCACAAUGAAUGGAAGCUUCAACAUCUCUAAUGGGACAUCAUCUUUCUCUGGACAAUGCCUGCGAGACACUCGGAUAGCCCAUGUGGUAUUCCCACUCUUAUACAGCUUUCUUUUCCUUGGUGGAUUUCUACUCAACAGUUUGGCAGUGCUGGCUUUUUUCCAGAUUCCAAGCACAUCCAGUUUUGUUGUAUAUCUUAAGAACACCUUGGUUUCCGAUUUCAUAAUGACACUUAUGCUGCCAUUUAAGAUUCUAACAGAUUCGGAACUGGGACUGUGGCAACUCAAAGCUUUCGUUUGCCGUUUUUCAGCUGUUGUAUUUUAUGAGACUAUGUACAUAAGCAUAGUGCUGCUUGGACUUAUUUCUGUAGAUAGGUUUCUCAAGAUCAUUAGGCCAUUUGGGAAGUUCUGGUUACAUGAUGUCACUUCAGCAAAAAUUCUUUCUGGGUUUGUGUGGUUCUUCUUUUUCGGCCUCUCGUUGCCAAACAUGAUUCUGUCAAACCAUGAAGCAACACCACUCUCUGUCAGGAAGUGUGCUUCUCUGAAGAGUCACUUGGGACUGAAAUGGCACGAAGCUGUCAACUACAUAUGCCAACUGGUCUUCUGGACUGUGCUGAUCUUAAUCCUCCUGGUUUAUAUAAUUAUUGCUAGGAAGAUUUAUAGUUCUUACAUAAAAACACAGGAGAAAGAAUGUAAAAUCAAACAACGAGCUAAGAGUAAGGUAUUUAUAAUUGUGGCUGUUUUCUUCAUUUGCUUUGUCCCUUUUCAUUUUGCUAGAAUACCUUACACCCUUAGCCAAACUGGUAAACGUAUUGACUGCACAGUACAGAACCAAUUAUACAUAGCAAAAGAAAGUACCCUUUGGUUAGCAACUGCAAAUAUAUGUAUGGACCCAUUGAUAUACAUAUUAUUGUGCCGCCAGUUUGUAGAAAAAGCUUUCUGUGUGAAAUUAAAAAAAUCUAGGAAUACAAUUCAAGAAAAUCUGACUAUUGCAUUAGACACUGGAAUAUCUGUAUAGAUUUUUUUGACUGAACCUCUCCACCUUUCAAAUUUGCACUAUGAUGUUGUCAAAUGAAAAUGCAUAUUAUUUGAAAAAUACAUUUGCUGAAAAAUUCUAUUUUGUUAAAAAUAGCAGUGUUAAGUUGUAUAUUAUGUAGAUGCAUAGACUAUUAAGAAUAGUUUAUUGCCGUGUAGUUUAUGGCAUCAUAUUGUGACAAUGCAUUCCAGAUAUUGCCCCUUACGUAUAGUAAC